AUGGAGAAGACGAUGAUGAUGGAGGAUUCGUUGGAAUCAGACGAGAUGGAUGGAACCGGGUCGGGUAAUGGAAUAAGAAGAAUAAGCUCGAGAGCUGAAGUGGAUACUUCAAUGCCGUUUGAGUCUGUUAAAGAAGCGGUUACCCGGUUUGGUGGAAGCGGGCCUUGGUUGCCGCUUUACAAGCUUGGUGAGGCUUAUAACAGUAUCGAAGACUUUGACAUAAAGAAAAUAGAGGAACAAGCUGCAAAGUUGGAGAAGGAUUUGAUAAUGAAAGAACUCGAAACACUUGAUGUGCUUGAAGAACUAGGAUCUGCCAAAACGAUUCUGGAGAAAUUAAAGCAGCAGCUACAAUCCGAAGCAAUCAAAUUUUCUGCGACUCGAGAUGUAAGUUCGUGCGAAAGUAUUGAAACUCUUGUUAAAGAAUCUGCAAGUAUCCUCAACCAUCAAGAACAGAUGUUGCAAUGUCCAAGGCCGUUCCAUACUCCAUCGCCUGAUAUGCUCUUAACCGAGUUAAAACAAGCUAAGAUGAACCUUGGUAAAACUAUAAACGAUCUCGGUGUGAUACAAUCAUCUGUUGAAAGUUUGAAUAAGAAGAUGAAGAAGGAGAGACUUUUUCUCGAGAGGACACGGGAGAAUCUACAAUCGAAGUUUGCAGCUAUCUCUGCUCAAAAUGUGGCCGAAAAAGAAGUAAGGUCAAAGCCUCAGGUAGAUCCUGUAGAAACGGAUUUUACUUUUCAUACUCCGCAGAAUGUUACAAGGGAUUUAAAAGUUGAUGCUGAACAGAACAUUGGAAUGGUUGAAACAAGACCCUUAGAAGUUUAUAAGCAAGGGGUUGAGGAUGGAGAGAAUGAGUUUAGUAUUAAAACUGCUGAGAUGAGGUGGUUUGCUGCUAAAAAGAUGGAAGAAGCUGCAAUGGCGGCCGAAGCCGUUGCUCUUGCUGAAAUGAAGGCUCUAUCUCGUGCUGACAAUAUAUCAUCGCAGUUUUCUACACGAGAGCAUCAUGAAUUUCAAAUACCUGAAGAGUCUAUUUUGAAAAAAGUAAUACACUCGACAUUCCAAAUUGAUGCGGCAAGUGCUUCUAAGCUAACUAUUCUGAAAAAACUAGAGGAAGCAACCGCAGAAGUUAUACACAGCAAAGAAAUUUUAACAGAAGCUAUAAACGGUAUUGAAACUGCAAGCAGAAAGCAACAGGCUGCUGAAGAGGCUCUAAGGAGAUGGAUUCAUGAAAACGGUCCAAAGGGUGGGGAUAUGCAUAGCUCGAUUAAGCGAAAUAAGUUCAAUCGAGUUGAAAAUUGCCAAGCUUUGAAGCCCACCUUAAGAUCCUCGGUUUCAAUGAGAGAUCUACUUAAUAGGAAGCAAGUUCCUGACGAAUAUACUACGACAAAGGAGAUGGAAAAGCAUGCGGAAACAAAGGUAGCAUUGAGUCAAAUGCUUCAAGCGUUGAGGGAAAAUCAAACUCUUCCAACUGAACUUGAGAAUGAUGAGGGCGAUCAAAAGCAGUCUGUAGUACAUAGGAAGAAGUUUGGAUUCUUAAAAUUAUCAUUCCCCUUGGGAAAGCGGAGUAGUAAGAAGACAUGA